UCACUCACUCACCCUCCCCCCGUCCAUCCAUCCAUCCAUCCUUACAUACAUAUACUUCUGCCAUCGGCCCGCUGCCCUGCCUGUGCGUGCAUGGCGCCCGUUCUCUGCUGCUGCUUACCGUGUGCCUCGUCGACCCCCAUGCUGCUCCAGACAUUGACAUAUUAGUCCCUUCGUCCCUUCGCAGCCUCCUGUGACCCAUUCCGCACUCGCUCCUCUGUGCCACGCAAUCCCCUCGCUGCCUCGCUCAACGACGCCCUCACCAUGCUGGGCGACAAGAAGAAGACGACCAACCGCCUGUCGAGCCUCUUUUCCGGCGCCUCGUCCGAAUCCUCAGGGUCCGCUACCAAGACGUCGUCCCCGCCCGCGCCAUCGUCAGAGUCGAGCAGCCGCCUGUCCAGAGUCCGCAACCGCAUCUCGUCCGUCAACCUCCUCGCCCCCGACCACGCUCCGCCUGCUGCGCCCACGUCGCCCAGCCAGCCUGCUGUUCCCAAUGCCACGCUGCAGCCGCCCACCCCUACUGUCCCUACCCUCCCUGCCGACCUCGAGCCGCUCGAGCCGCCGCCGCCCCUCGACGCCUCUUCGCGCUCCUCGACGCCCUCGCAGUCCCACAGCCGCCCGACAACCCCGAGUCUCGACCCAAACCCCCCGGGCAAACUGAAGAGGCUGCGACGGAAGAGCAAUCUGUUUGGAGGCGCCCCACACGCUGCCGAUGCAGGCGGCCCAGGCAAUCCUGCCGCCAACCCGCCUGCAUGGAUCGUCGGCCACAAGGGCAAGGUGCCGUACGACCUCAGGGCCCUGCUGAAUGGCGAAAAAGUGCCAGAACUGUGGGACGAGGCAGGGGACACGUUUGUCUACCUCUUUCCGCGAACCUCGGAAAAGGGCGCUUCCUUCCGCAUUGACUCCUCCGUCUACGCCGCCUCGCAGCUCCUCACCCGCCUGGUGCACGGCAGCCUCUACAGCGACAUCAACGCCGCCCAUCCCCUCGAAGUCCCCGAGCGCACAUCGCGCCAACUGUCGCGCGAGCCCGAUGCCGACCAAUCCCGCACCGUGUCUCCCGACCCCAGCCAGAUUGGCAGCUCCGACGAGUCCAAGGGCUCCAGGGCCCUCAGCGACGCCGUUGAGGACGACUACUCGGAGAAGCACCUGUACAUGCCCAUCUCACUGACUUCCGACUCUUCCAUUACACCCAGCGAGCCCAAGCUCACCCCCAAGGACACCGACACCCUCAUCAGCUACCGCAACUUUUUCGCCUUCCUCAUUGGCCAGUCGCUCGUCGCUACCGACCGCCAUUCCGACAUCUUCGACAUUUUCCUGCGAAUCAGCGACAUCCUGUCGCACUAUGCCUUCUCCAACGUCGACGGCUCCACCUUUGGCGAGGUCGCAGCCUCGAGCUUCGACUGCUAUGUCGACGAAUUGGCCCUGGCCGAUGUCAGACACAGCCGCGAGAAGACGAUAGAAGCCAUUGUCCUCGGCGAAAAGAUGCGUUCGGUCGGGCUCUACACCGAAGGCUUCGUGCACGCUGCCGGCAAAUACGACACGAUAAAGGAAUACAGCUCCACCAAGUUCGCCAUGAUUAGCCCCAAGACGACCACCAGACUCCAGCGUGCAGCCAUGGACCUUGAAAACCGCGAAGCCACAAUCAACACCAAGCUCAAGGACUUUGAGUUCCCCGCCAUCUUUUCAGGCAUCAUGAACAGCGCCAUGGCCUCCGAGGGCAAGGUCAUCAGCUUCAAGAAAUGGAGGUCUGCUUUCAACACGACCCGCUCAUUCAUCCUCGACUACUACCGACAAAAAUACGGCUCGUGGCUUCCCAAGGCCAAGUCCAAGAAGAACGACCUUACAACAGGUGGUCUUAAUCGGAUCGUGCUGUUGGAAAUCUAUCGCGACAUGUCCAAUCUCUACGACCUCCUGGUGAACAGGAAGAGCCUGACAAACCGCACAGCUGACGGCUUCCUCGCCGAGGACGAAGGCACAGACCUUGAAUCUAUUGUCGGCCGUGCGCUGAGAAAAGUCCUGAGCGAGUACGACCGCAGUACGCCACCAGUUCAGCCACCAAUACCCUUUGAUUUGCCGACAUACCCCAUGAUUCCAAACGCCCAGACAGGAGACGCCAAGCACGAUGCCAAAGCCCGGGGAAAGAAACUGCACAAGGACGAAAUCGCCAAGCUGCUGAAGCAAUCACACAAUGCCGAUGCUGAGCAGCAAACGCCUUUCUUGGAGGCGUUCCGUCAUUUUGAGUUCAAGCAUGCCACGGGCUCUUCGCUCGAUGACCUUUGGGACCUGCGCACAGGACAAUGGCUGUUCCUUUACGCCGUCAUACAAUCCCUGCCCAUGCUGGUGGUGGAUGCGCCUGGCGUCCGCUUUACCGAGGGCGUCGAGUAUUUCUUAUGCGAGGUACCAAGAAGUGGCGUCCCGUGGGGCCGCGAGGACACCACACGGACGCGGACAUGGUUUGGCGUGGCGGGAGGCGCACAGGUGGUUAGCCUGCCCACGGACAUUGUCGAACACGGUGUAGAAGGUGUCUUUCGCCGAUCUCACUGCUGGAAGAAGGCGCAACAAUGGGCCGCCGACGAUACGCUGUUGAACGCUGCCAUGCAAGAGCUGAACGCAAAUGCCUCGCCCUUGCAGCCUCCCCCUGGCUUCCUCGACCCUUCAGCCGCUAGCAUGCGAGACCGUUCGCAGAGUCCUGACAGACGACGCGAGAGCGUCAUGAAUCUUGGGCUCGAGGCGCUGCCCUUGCCUCCUGGUGUUGCUCCGCCUAUGCCUGCCGGCUCGCCCGCACGAAGACCCGAAUCAAGCAGCGACCCAACCAAGACAUUCGACGCUAUACUAGGCACUUCGCCUUCCAGCCCACAGCCCAAGAAAAAGAAGAAAUAAGCAAGCAAUGACUAUGGCAAGACGACACGACACGGAAUUGUUGUAUAGAAAAAAAUCUGUUUUCCCAGCUGUUUAGUGAUACCGAAUAAUGUUUGGCAGAUGGAUAGCAUUGGCAGGCUUUUUGUAAUCUUUGACGCGUUGUUGCAUUUGCGCAUUCGAGUUAUAUAUCAUUCAAGAUCAUCAUUCAAGACGAGCGUUGCUGUAGAGGGUUUGGCAUUCCAUAGUUGACUUGAAGUGGCAUCAAGCAAAAUGCAGUCAUGACGCUUGUGGCUAGCUCCCGCGGCAUAUCCCCGAUAUCGUUGCGCCCGCACUUAUCCGCACAAUCACAUCUUCU